UAAGCAGCGGUUAACGCCUCAGCAGCGGCGGAUUCAAACUGAAGAUGAAAGAUGGCUGCGGAGAAAGACACCGAUGUAAAUAAACGAGACAGAAGGGGCACGGUGUGUAAUGUGGUGAUCAGUCAGGAGUCAGAAACGUGUGGCAGUGGAGACGGCCGGCAGCCCAUCAUCUUCAACCCUGACUUCUUCGUGGAGAAGCUGCGUCACGAGCGGCCCGAGGCCUUCACCGAGCUGGUUCUGAGUAACAUCACACGGCUCAUCGACCUCCCGGGGGCUGAAUUCUCUCAGUUACUAGACGAGGAGCCCAAGACGCCCAAUGGAACUGCGGCCGGAGGCUUCUUCCGCUCCUUCAACUUCCUCAAACGCAAAGACAAAUGUGUCGUGUUCGGCACGCCUCUCACAGAGGAAGGAAUAGCCCAGAUAUAUCAACUCAUUGUGUACCUCAGCAAAAAUCUGCAUGUGGAGGGUCUGUUUCGGGUCCCUGGGAACAGCCUGAGACAGCAGACGCUGAGAGAGCAGCUCAACAGCGGCACAGACAUCGACUUCUCCUCCGGGGACUUCCAUCCCAACGAUGUGGCCACGCUCCUCAAGAGCUUCCUGGGGGAGCUGCCCGAGCCCCUGCUGACCCAGCGGCACCUGCACGCUCACCUGAAGAUCACAGAGCUGAGCCUGUUUGACGAUCAAGGCAACAAGACGAGUCUGCCAGAUAAGGAGCGUCAGAUCGAGGCGCUGCAGCUGCUGCUGAUGUUGCUGCCCACCGCCAACAGAGCCCUGCUGAAGCUGCUGCUGGACCUGCUCUACCACACUGCCAAACAGCAGGACAAGAACAAGAUGUCUGCGCACAACCUGGCGCUCAUGUUCGCUCCGCACGUCAUCUGGCCCAAGAACAUGAAUGCCAGUGACCUUCAGGAGAACCUGAAGAAACUGAACAGUGGCAUGGCGUUUCUCAUCAAACACUCACAGAAGAUCUUUCGGGCGCCGGCGUAUCUGAGGGAACAUGCCAGACUUCAGUUUGCAAACACCAGAGUGAUUCACUCCAAGGAUGAUCUGGAGCUGCUGUCGGUCAGCGGUUCUCCGUUCGUGUCGUUGUGUAAGAGGAGCGGAGCGCCGGUGGGCUUGGACCCAGACCAGCACACAGAAGAGGCGCUCCGAGAGCUCUGUCGACAUGUCACCGAUCACAUGCCAAACUCUGCCAAGAAGAAAAAGCUCAUCCGUCAGCUCGGCAAGCAGUCGAGUCCCGGCACUCCUGUGAGCGCGAACACGACUCCGAGCAGUAAAAAACACGCACGCUCGCGCUCCUUCGGAGGACUCAUCAAGAAGAAGGUUUUGGGGAGUCAGCCCGGUGCAGACAGGAGGGGGCGACACGUGUCUCCUCCGGGGAAGGAGAACAUCAGCCGUGAUCCAGCCAGCUGAAUAACAUCAGUUGAAGGAGGCUGAAUGCGUGCAUCUCUGCUUCUUCUCCUGUGUUUGUCUGUAUUGUGGAUUCAGCCCCGAAGAGAAGACUUCACUCGUCUAGAUGACCAGCGGAGAGAGUUUAUUUGAAUUAUUUAUUUCUUUUAUAUCCUGCGCUGUUUUAACAUACUAAAUGUUGAGACUAGUUUUCAUUUAAUGUGAAUUUUAUUUUAAUUUUUUUUAUCAUCUUGGUAUGGUUUUAAACUGUUACAUCAGGUUUAAUGGGUAAACCACUUGUCAGUGACACUGGCCCAUGAUAAGAUGAACUCAUAUUGACAGUGUAUAUAUGUAUAUAUAUAAUUGCAUGUGCUGAUAUCUGUGCAUCUCACAUUAAUCACCCAAUUCAUGCUGCAAUCAGAUUUUAAGGGAACGAUAGACGACAUUUACUCACAAAAGUGUAUUACUGUCACUUAGAGAUCUCUGAGAAUACAAACCGAAGUUUGUUUACAUAUAUAUUGUCUUAAUAACACUGUGAACAUUCAAAAUAAGGUAUUUUGUGACAAAUGUGAUUAUUUUUUUUAUUUUAUUUUUUUAUAAACUUCAUCAGCCGACUAAAGUUACUGUGUCAUUUAACCACUAAAUCAAAUAGGUUCAUGUAUUUUUGUAUGAGAAUUGAUUUCAGAGUACGAUAAAUGUUGUGUUUUGGUGUUGAGAAGUGCACAAAGCAGCGGCGCGGUGAGGGUUAAUUUUGAAGGGUUUUGGGGCGAGGUGCUUGGGAGGUUUUGGUAUGUUACAGGUGA